AUGGGAAAUGGUCUCAUCAUGGAAGACCUUGUCCUCCAGAGGUGUGUGCCUCCUCCACCACAGUGCUCAGCCAAGGGCGAUGUCUGCAAUGAAUCCAUCUUUCCAGGGAUUCUCUGUUGCGCUGGGCUAGAGUGCUCGUCGAAUGGCCCUCCGGGAUCGAAUGGAACCUGCGUGUCUCCUCCACCGCAGUGCUCAGCCAAGGGCGAGGUCUGCAAUGAAUCCAUCCAUCCAGGGAUUCUCUGCUGCGAUGGCCUAGAUUGUUCUUCAACUGGCCCACCCGGGUCUAAUGGAACAUGUGUGUCUCCUCCACCGCAGUGCUCAGCCAAGGGCGAGGUCUGCAAUGAAUCCAUCCAUCCAGGGAUUCUCUGCUGCGCUGGUUUAGAGUGCUCUUCGAAUGGCCCUCCUGGGUCUAACGGAAAGUUGUCUUACGAAUAG